AUGAAACUCCCAAGUACACCGGAACUCGAGACACAGCAGAGCAAAGACUACGAGAACUCAGUCGGAGCUUGCGUCGCCGUAAAAGGUUGCGUAGGAAUUACAGUCUGGGACUUUACUGAUAAGCUACGCAUUUUUCGAGUAGACUGGUGGUAGACUUCCUGCUUAUGACUUUUAGUACUCCUGGGUGCCGCAAACCUUUCCAGGGCAAGGCGCUGCACUUCCUUUUGAUGAAAAUUUCAAUCGGAAGAAGGCGUACUUUGGUAUUGUUGCUAGGCUGUCGGGUGGAAGCGCUGCCAACAAUUCUACAAAUCCAGCGAAGCCUGUGAAGGCUGUCCAAUAA